CGCCUCUUCUAAACACAUGACUUGAUGUACUCUGAGUUAGGAAGACCGUAGCUCUGAAAUUGCGUUUUAUUUUUAAGAUUUAUUCCAUCCAUUUUCCGGUACGGUGUGAAAAAUGAAGUUCGGUUGUUUAUUCGCGGUGUUGUGUCUCGCAGUCGGGGCGAUUGCAGGAAAGUAUUCUCGAGAAAUGAACGAUCAGAAACCGUCCGUGGACGGUAAGAGCACGGUGGAAUUUAGGAUCGCUAAACUCAACCAGGUGUGGGAGAAAGCGACCAGGCUACCUAUGCCAAUCAAAUGCAGUUGCCCCCCCGUGCGUCAGGCAGAGCUCCACAGUGAUCUGAAGAUCCAGGAGAAAGAUGAACUACAGUGGAAGAAGUCUAAGGCAGAAGGGAUGGAUGAGAAUGGAGAGAGAGAGGCCAAGCUACGACGUGGCUUCAACGUGAUCCUGGCUAAGUAUGGGAUGGAUGGGAAGAAGGACACUAGACCUCUAGAAUCUAACAACCUGAAGGACCAUGACAUCAGAGAAGGAGACAUGUUUGAUGACCCCAGACUGGACAAACUGUGGAAUAAGGCUAAGAGUUCUGGUAAGUUCUCAGAGGAGGAGAUGCAGAGUCUGAAGAGGGAGUUUCAACACCACAAGGACAAGAUCAGCGAGUAUAACAUCGUCAUGGAUACCGUCAGCCGCACGGAGGAGAUCCAUAAGAAUGUGAUCUCUCCAUUAGAAGGGGAAGUUAAACAACAUGUCCUGCAUCAGAAACACACUGACCUGAAGGACAAGAUGAGGGAUCUGAACCAGGGCUUUGAACGCCUGAGGAAACUCAGCCAUGAGGGCUUCAGCGAGGACAGCGAGUUUAAAGAGCCCAGGGUGAUAGAGCUGUGGGAGAUGGCACAGAGAGCCAACCUGACUGGGGAUGAACUGGACUCGCUCAAGGAGGAACUGAAGCACUUUGAGACCAAGGUAGAGAAGCACAGCCACUACCAGGAACAGUUGGAAUUAUCCCACCAGAAGCUGAGACAUGUAGAAGCUCUAGGAGACAACGACCACAUCCUGAGAAACCAGGAGAGAUACAAUAACCUGGCAGAGAAGACUAGAGAGAUGGGAUACAAGAUGAAGAAGCACAUGCAGGAUUUAACCAGCAAGAUCUCCCGUAAAGGACUGGACCGUAACGAACUGUAAGGGGUUCCUCAGACGAGGCCCGGUGGGGGGUUUAACCAGCAAGAUCUCCCGUAAAUGACUGGACCGUAACGGGUUCCUCAGACGAGGGGGGACGACAGAAGGCUGUGUGUUUUCAACAUCAGGACUCGAAACAACAAAUGAAGUCUUCGUGUUUUUCUUGCCACAGUGAUUCAGAGUGUGGCGAUGCUGCUGUCAUGACAACCCUACGAUGAACUGCUAAUCUGCCUGUCUAUAUAUACACACACACACACACACACACACACACACACACACACACACACACUUCCGUCCACAUUACUCUUUUGUAGACUACUUUAAUGAAAUCAGUGUUUUUCCGCGUAAAUCUCAUUUGUGAUUAUGUAUCAUUUUAAUAAUGAUGAGCUUGCUUCUAUCUCAAAUGGCACCCUAUUCCCUACAUAGUGCACUACGUUUGACCAGGGCCCUAUGGAAGUAGUGUACUGUGUAGGGAAUAGGGUGCCAUUUGGGAUGGGGAACGUGUCUUUCAGUGACACUACUUGUUUUGUGUAAAUAUGUGUGUAUAUAUAUAUAUAUAUAUACCUAUUCUAGGUAUAUCUGAUUAUGUCCGUGUACCAAAUGUCACCCUAUUCCCUACAUAGUGCACUACUUUUAACCAGAGCCCCGUACGUUCUUGAUCAAACCACCUAAUAACUUUGAUCAAGAGUUUCAUUAUGAAAGUAUUUGAGACAACCACAUAUUACCACCAUCGAACCCUUCUAGGGAAAUAGCUGCGUCACCAUAGUAACACGUGGUAUCAGUGGAUUUGACGACAUCGCCAUAGUAACACGCGGUAUCAGUGGAUUUGACGACAUCGCCAUAGUAACACAUAGUAUCAUUGGUAUAUCAGCAAAUCUCAAGAACUCCUCCGUGACCUUUGGCCUAGUGGUGAAAUCCCUGAGCGGUUUCCAUCCUCUCUGGCAACUCGGUUAGGACGGACUUCUGAAUCUUUCGUAGUGACUGGGUGUGUUGAUAUUCAAUGUCUGCUUUCAGUUUUUUUAAAUUCAUCUACCAGAAUUGGUGCCCUUCUUUUGCGAGGGGUUAUUGUUAAAACCUCUCUGGUCUUUGUGGUUGAAAUUCACUGCUCGAUUUGAAGGACCGUACAAUUAUCUGUAUGUGUGGGGUUGGCGUGAUGAGGUAGUCAUUCAGUCAUGUUGAACACUGUUCUGGCAGACAAAGUGAGUCCUUGUAACUGAUGUGGCUUUAACUACAUAUUUACUACGGCACUUAAUUAGCCUUGAUAUAACAAUGGGGUUGAAUACUUGACUCAUGAACAUUUCAGCUUUUCAUUUUUUUAACUUUAUUUGUCAAAAAAAUAAUCUUAAAAAUAUAACUUUGACAUGAUGGAGUAUUGUGUGUAGGCCCAGUGGAGGAGAAUAAUCUAAAUUGAAUCCAUUUUAAAUUAAAGCUGUAACACAAGGGGCUGUAUUAACCAAUCAGAGAGUUACUGAGA